UUCUCGUCUUGUCAUAAUAAGCUAAAACCAUGAUAACACAACUCAUUGCUAUAGUAAUAACUGCAGUCAUGCACUAUUAUUUUGGUAUUUCACUGUUGAUAAAAUUGCCAGACUCUGAAAUUGGAGUAAUAGCAAUAGCGAGCCUGAUUGUUCUUGCAUCAGUGGGAUUAUUUCUGAACAAAAUUAAGCUGUGCCCGAAUAAUGAGACUGGAUUUUAUUCAAUGCAAUUUGUCGAACUGCUCUUGUUCUUUACGAUAUCGGAGACAUCAAUGGGACUUUUAUUCAGCAUUAGAUAUCAUUUAAACUCAUUAAUCGGAAAUGCGUUCCCAAGUUCGAAUGGCAAAAACUCAGCAAAUUUAACGGAUUUCCUCAUGAUUGGAAUAGCAUGUGCAAUAUUAGCUACAGCAAUGUUAGAAACAAAAGUCGUUCAUAAAGCCGCUGAAUAUUUUACCAGGUUUAGUAAUCGACAAAAAUGCGAGGAGUGUCCAAAAAAUAUUGGCUUGCCAAAAUCUCGUGAAGCAUAUCCUGAAGUUAUACAGCAACAGCAAACAGUGAAAUCAGAUAUGAAAUAUAUCAAUCCGCUAUGUCCAUGCCAUGGUGUUGCUAAUUUCCAAGCCAAAUCUAACACGGGAAAAAAAUGCUGAGAAAUUGUUCGAAUUGAAGCUUUAUUAGCACAAUAAAUAAAAAAGC